AUGGUAAGCAAAGCGAAUAUUUACGUCUCGGUAACCCGAUCGACCAACGGCAAGGGAGAAGGCUACCACAGGCCGCUGCACACAUGGCUGGUCUCAGUGGAGCCGCAUCAUGGCAGCAAAUUCCACAUCCGAGGAACGUCCCACAAAGACCCAGAGCCAAUCCACUAUGGUGCUGCGAAGAAUGAAGAGACAGGCAUAUACACCAUCAACACGCACCCUCACGACAGCGAGCCAGCGAUCAUCGGCAACAUCUUAAUCGCCGAGGAGGUCUCAACUUCAGACCAGCAAGUCCACAAGCUGCUCGAAGAAGAGCUGGGGGAGAGUUCGAAGCGUACUGUCGAAGAUCGUAGGUCGUCGGGACAAGAGGCGGAAUACUGGAUCGAACAUGCGAUAAGAGCAUUGCAGAAGCGAAAGCUCAUGGACGCGUUCGGUGUGGAGCAGUUCAUGACCUUCGCGCAUGCGUACGAGGCAAACCGCAUGGAUGGCGAGGGGCAGGCGCUGGUCGCAUACCCAAGGGCACAUAAAGAGCCAGAGAAGAAGGCCAGUAAGCAUAAGUUCUGGGUAUCUCAUCCAAUGGCGAAUCGCACGCGGACAAAUGGUCAUGGGGAGGCUUCGGUAUAUGGAGGUUUGAUGUAA